AUGGAUGAUGGAGGCGUGGAGAGUAGGAGUACUGCACGUGAUGGGUCCCAUGCUGGGCAUUGGGGUAGGGGAGUUUUGAAGGAGUAUGUGGUGGUGGCGGCAACAGGCUGCGGUGCGCACGCUGAGAUGCUAACCAUGGACGAUGGCCCACAGCCCACACAGAGAGGGGACCCACUUUAUCUUCCAAAUCACUCUCUCUCUCUCUCUCUGUCAAUGCCUGCCCACUGUCUCCGUACGUACACUGCCGAUGUGGGACCCACCUAUCCCCAAUCCAACGGUCCCUCUUCCCCACGUGGGCCCCACCAUCCCCAAAGAAAUAGGGCCAUGGCCUUGCUGGUUUGGUUGGGUUGGGUGCCUCUGCCUGCCCCCUCACUUUGA